AUGAAAGUCUACUCCAUAUAUAUACUUAACAAGGCAGGUGGUCUUAUAUAUCAAAAUGACAUCAGUCCAGGUCUUAACAAACUAUCGGCCAAUGAUUACUUAGUGUUAGCAGGGACGUUACACGGUGUUCAUGCAAUUGCAUCAAAGUUGAAACCAGGAAAUCAGGGCCAAACCAGUAGUUCUGAGGCUAAUAGUGCAAGCAAUUCCAAGGUGAAUAACUCGAUACUUGCUACGGGGAAAUACCAAAAUCCAAAUACCAAUAAGUCUGGGUUACAAAGUAUCGAAACCAAUUUUUUCAACUUGUACAUAUUUCAAACCUUAACAGGUAUAAAGUUCAUUGUGAUAACCUCGCCUAAUCCAGUGGUCCACAAUUUGCAGCCUGUUAGUGAAGGAUACACGUCGACUCAAGGGGAAUUGAAUAAGCAGUUUGAAGAGGUGAACCACAUAUUUAGAAAUCUCUACGUUGCUUAUUCUGAUUACGUUAUGAAAGAUCCUUUUUAUUCAUUAGAUAUGCCAAUUAAGAGUACUUUAUUUGAUACAAAAGUUGGGGAAGCUGUUAUAUAG